CAACACCACGAUCUCGGCGGCUGCUGUCCUGAAUCUGCGACAGGAUCAGAGGCGUCGCAUCGAAAAGCUCAAUGGCCUGGACAUUGAGCUGUAUGCCUUUGCCAAGACGUUACUCUUUCAGCGACACAAAAGUUCACACGAGAAUGUCGUUCUCCAAGGCCAAGUUGAAGCGCUUCAAUGAUGUGGAUGUGGCCAUCUGUGGCUCGCCGGCUGCCUCCAACAGCUCGGCAGGAUCAGCGGGCAGUGCCACGCCCACAGCAGCAGCAGCAUCUGCUCCCACCGUUCAGCCAGAGCGCAAGGAGCAGAUCGAAAAGUUCUUCAAAGAUGCCGUGCGCUUUGCCUCCAGCUCCAAGGAGGCCAAGGAGUUUGCCAUUCCCAAGGACGAGAAGAAGUCAAAGGGACUGCGGCUAUUCCGUACUCCAUCUCUGCCGCAGCGCCUGCGUUUCCGUCCAACGCCCAGCCACACGGAUGCGGGGGCCAGUGGCACUGCCAGUGGAGCCUCCACGGCAGCCUCAACACCUCUGCACUCCGCUGCCACAACUCCUGUGAAGGAGGCCAAGUCCGCCAGCCGGCUGAAGGGCAAGGAGGCGCUGCAGUAUGAGAUUCGUCACAAGAAUGAGCUGAUCGAGAGUCAACUGAGUCAGUUGGAUGUCCUCAGGCGCCAUGUAGAGCAGCUCAAGGAGGCCGAGGCCAAGCUGCGCGAGGAGCACGACCUGGCCACUGCCAAGACAGAGCAGAUGAUCGCAGCUCUAACCGAAGAGAACCUCUCGCACAAGGCCCACAAUGAGCAGAUGAGCCAGGAGCACUCGCAUCUUCUGGAGCAAUUCGCCGCCUUGGAGCAGCAGUUGCAGCAGCAGCGCGAGGAGCACGAGCGUCAAGUGGAGACACUGAUUGCCGAGAGCGAGGCCCUGCGUCUGGCCAACGAGCAGUUGCAGGCGACCAACGAGGAGCGCCAGGCAGUGGAGCAGCAGCUGCAGGUGCAGCUCUCUGCCCUCCAGGCGGACGUUGCCCAGGCACGCGAACACUGCAGCCAGGAGCAGGCCAAGACGGCGCAGAACAUUGAGCUGGUCGAGAGUCUGCAGCGAAGCAACGCCACUCUGAUGGCCGAUGUUGGUCAGCUGAAGCAGCAGAUCGAGCACGAUGCCCUGGCCUAUGGACUGGAGGCCAAGAGCAGCCAGGCAGAGCUUGAGUGCCUCAAGGUGGAGCGCAACACACUGAAGAACGACCUGGCCAACAAGUGCACCCUCAUCCGAUCGCUGCAGGACGAGCUGCUGGACAAGAACUGUGAGAUUGAUGCCCACUGCGAUACCAUCCGACAGCUGUGCCGGGAGCAGGCUCGCCAUGCCGAGCAGCAGCAGGCGGUGGCCAAGGUGCAGCAGCAGGUGGAGAGCGACCUCGAGGGCGCUGUGGAGCGCGAGAAGAGCUACUGGCGCGCGGAGCUGGACAAGCGCCAGAAGCUGGCCGAGAAUGAGCUGAUCAAGAUCGAGCUGGAGAAGCAGGAUGUGAUGGUGCUGCUGGAGACCACCAAUGACAUGUUGCGCCAGCGGGACGAGAAGCUGCAAAAGUGCGAAGAGCAGCUCCGCAAUGGCAUCGACUACUACAUCCAGCUGAGCGAUGCACUGCAGCAGCAGCUGGUGCAGCUCAAGCAGGACAUGGCCAAGACCAUUACCGAGAAGUAUAACUACCAGCUGACCCUCACCAACACACGAGCCACCGUCAACAUCCUGAUGGAGCGACUAAAGAAAUCGGACGCGGAUGUCGAGCAGUUCCGCGCGGAGCUGGAAUCGGUGCAGCUGGCCAAGGGAGCUUUGGAGCAGAGCUACCUGGGACUGCAGGCGGACGCGGAGCAGCUGCGCCAGCAAUUGGCCGAAAGCCAGGAGGCACUCUCCGCAUUGCGCUCAUCCUCCCAGACGCUGCAAAGCGAGGUAUCGUUGAAGGAGUCCAUGCUCCACGAGCUGCUUGCCGGCGAGGCUGAGACGUUGGCAAAAUUCAAUCAGAUUGCUAACUCGUUCCAGGAGCGUAUCGACGGCGAUGCCCAGCUGGCCCACUACCACGAGCUGCGUCGCAAGGACGAGACCCGCGAGGCCUACAUGGCGGACAUGAAGCGGGCCCUUGACGAGUUCGCCACCGUGCUGCAGUUCGCCCAGCUGGAGUUGGACAACAAGGAGCAAAUGCUGGUGAAGGUACGAGAGGAGUGUGAGCAGCUCAAGCUGGAGAACAUCGCCCUCAAGUCUAAGCAGCCGGCUUCGGCAGCUGUUCUGCUGGGAACACCCGGCAAGGCCAACCGGUCGAACACUACCGAUUUGGAGAAGAUUGAGGAUCUGCUGAUCGACACUGAGCUGCGCUCCGAGUGCGACAAGAUUACCUCCUGGCUGCUAAACUCCUCGGAGAAGUGCGUACGCCAGGAUAGCAGCAGCGAGAUCAGCGAGCUCCUCGCCUGCAAGUCCUCGCCCCGCCCUGCUCCGCGCACACCCAAGGCGGCGCCACAGACCCCGCACACACCGCGCAGUCCGCGCACGCCACGCACCCCUCGCACUCCCAAGUCCGCCGCAGGAAGCACGCCCAAGAAGACGGUCCUGUUCGCCGGCAAGGAGAAUGUGCCCAGUCCGCCCCAGAAGCAGGUGCUUAAGGCGCGCAACGUCUAGGCCGAUUCUUAAUUUUAUCCGUACCAUUUACUAUAUUGUUCUAUUUAUAAAUUAUAUAAAUUAAACCUUAGCUA